AUGUCUCGACAAGAAACAAGUGUUGUUAAAGAAGACGAGCUUCAAACAACCACGACUUGCGAUACUCAAGAUCUUGAGGAACCCAUUCCAAUGAAACACAAGCCAACUAUUUUAGAGGAGUUUUUAACAUCUUCCUAUCAUUCCUAUGUAGAGGUAAUAAAACCUUUUGAAAUGAAUCAUCGUUCGGAUUUUGAAAAGCUGUCUGCGUUGCUCGCACGCAAAUCCACUGCCUCCAAAACACAACAUCAAUCCCUUGUAGAACGACUUGAAACCUUACUCGAAAAAGUAUCAGUCAGCAGUCUUUCCGGAGUCGACGAUCACAAGAGUCUCUCCACUUCUCUCAACCAUUCCUUCUUCGAGUUUAGAAAUAUCAGAGACAUGUUCAACAAUGACAUUGACUCAAACAUGAGCAUCGUGAGUGAGGAAGAUGUUGCCAUUCUUGCCUCUCAUUGUCUCUACAUGCUUGAAUACUAUAAUACCAUAUCGAGUGAAUUUAGAGACCAAAAAAAACUCUUACUUGUGUUGAGAGUUAUUGUCAAUUAUUCAGAAAAUAAUCCAACAACGAAUACACUGAGAAGAGAGCAACUCAAACGAAGAGCAAAGUUUAUGAAUCAUAUAUUGUCCGAGUCUGAGAGAUUUCAACAAUUACUUUGUAAAUUCAUGACAUUCUCUAAUGAUCCUAAUGAUAAGGUUCAAUAUCUGUGCGCUAAAUGUUUGAGUAAUUUCAUGAAAAAUCAAUCAAAAGUGUUGAAUCAGAAUGAGGGUGUGACUGGUCAGCAGCAACAGAAAAAAGUGUUUGCGUUGAAUGUAGAUACUCUUCGAGUGAUUGGCAUGUGUUUGGAAACACUGUGUGACAAGUUGCUUGUGAAAAAUGCUGAGACCUUUGUUCAUGUCCAUUUCUAUCAAUUGUUGAUUAACAUCUUGUAUGAUCAUUAUAUUGAACUUCAUGGUGUAGAGAUGAGUAUCCGUCAUGAAGAACCUAGUCGUCAAGAGGUCGUAGAUUUGUAUGUUCAUACUCAGGUGAAAAAAUUGCUCAAUUGUACCAAUCAAAAUUCAACAUUUGUGAAAUGUCUAUCUCUGAUUCAGAAACAUGUCGAGAAAAUGAUUACUUCCAAUGAGAGUGAUAGUUGUGCAUUGAAUUCUAACGAUAUUUCCAAAUUGGUUAGGUCGUUACUACAUGAGGAGGCAAACGUUAUUCAAUUAGCUUCUGAAUUGUUGUUGAGAUUCAGCGAUACACUCACUGAAGAAAAUAAGGAGACCAUUGUGACAUGCCUCUUUUCACAUAAUUUGGUAUGCUUCAACAGAAAUCAAACUCAGAGUGCAUACAAGGCUAGUGUGAAUGCACUAAUAGAAUGGUCCACUCGUGAUACGUACUUGGAGGAAAAACUGUCGAGCUUUGUAAAUGAUCCAGUAGUGGCAGAGUCCUAUGAUCGUGCCAUAGUUUCUAUUCGAAACGAUAGAGAACAAUACAAGUUACACUGUGAUCGUGUCAAACGUCUUGUGUAG